CGUGUGGGGCCGGGAGAGGAUGCAUAUUUAGGCCUCAGCUGCCUUCGCGUGGCGGAACAGGUAGCGGUGCGAUUCAAGAGAUACAAAUGGCGCCACGAGAGCGGUGGGUACUCGGGAUGGACCAAUUGCGGUGGGUAUGGAAGAGGGCCAUCAUUGUCGAGGUGAUCUCUCCCGAUUUGAUGAGCCUACUGAUUGAUUUUAUUGAUUUCAAGACGGAGUUUAGUUGUUCCUACACACAGCGAUGCGAUCAUAGCGGAGAGCUUACCAGAGAUUUCCGCGGAAGAAGUUGUACUGAAGGAGCCAUCAAAGGAGAUGGGACGAGCGAAAUGGGGGUCUCAUGCGCGGGAGUCUCGUUGGUCCUGGCAGACGGAGGCGCCAAGGACGAAAAGGUGACAGGGCGUGAUAUUGACUGUCGUGCCGUUGGGGCGACGGGAAGCUCUGCUCUCAUCACCCUUUGGUCGUAUGUGUGGUUCCGUCGGAGAGCGUGA